UGGAUGCAUCGGUUGACGUGAGCCGGGGUGGUUUUAGAAUUUCUCGUGGAGUAAACCGACACCGAGCAAUAUCCAAACUUAGAAUCCAACAAACGCAAGUCAAACUAGAGGGCGAUUUCGACCAAGAAAAAGUGAACCAGACAGCGACGCAGACCUCAAUCUGCACGACGUCGUCACCUCGUCCUGUAGAUCUAUCCCCAUCUUUUUGCCUGCUUCCUUCGUUCCCACUUAACUGAAGACUCACAAAUUGAGAUCCAUAAGAGCCUCCACCUCGUUAUUAUCUCCGCAACCGAGUGAACUCAGUUAGGAAAAUAAGAAUUUUUGGAGGCAUCAUCGUCUUUAUGAGUGCUAAAUUCGAGCUCGUGUUCAUCCCAUGUCCGGCCCGCCACCUGGUGUCCAUGGUAGAGAUGGCCAAGCUCCUUGUCGACCGUGACGGUCGGCUCUUCAUCACCGUCCUCAUCAUGAAGUUCCCCUUCAACUCGGAGAUUGAUUCCCACAUUGAGUCGCUCACAGCCUCCGUGGCUGCCCGCAUCCGCUUCGUCCUCCUCCCUAGGCGAAGCCACUCCCCGAGGACGUCUUUCUUCGCCUUCGUCUAUCACUUCAUGGAGAGCUACAAAGCCGACCUCCGAGAAGCUGUCGCUGAGCUCUCUGCCCAUGGGUCGCCACGGCUCGCUGGGCUUGUCCUUGACAUGUUUUGCACCUCAAUGAUCGACGUGGCUGUCGAGUUCGGCGUCCCUUCCUACAUUUUCUUCCCAUCAGGCGCGGCGUUCCUCGGAGUCAUGCUGCACCUCCAGUCUCUCCGAGACGAGCAACACGUGGACCCAACCAGGCUCAAGGGCUCUGACGCCGAGCUGGACUUCCCGUCCUUAGCUAACCCGCUGCCUGCCGCCAAGUUCUUGCCCUCUGAAGUGUUUAUGGAAGAAGACUGCCGGAUAUUCUUGGACCUCCCUCUGAGGUAUAGGGAAACCAAGGGAAUUUUGGUAAAUUCGUUCGCUGAGCUCGAACCGCACGCUGUGGAAGCCCUGGCCAGCCUUGGAGCAUCUACGGUGUACUCCGUGGGCCCCAUACUAAACAUCAACGUUGAGAGCAAAAAGGGUUUCGAGAUCCUGGAUUGGCUCGACCAGCAGCCAGAUGCGUCAGUGGUGUUCCUGUGCUUCGGGAGCGGGGGGUGCUUCGACGAGCAUCAGGCAAAAGAGAUUGCCUACGCGUUAGAGCGGAGCAGGUACCGCUUCCUGUGGUCCUUACGACAGCCUCCGGCGAAGGGCAAGCUGGAAGCCCCCCAAGACUACGCAGAUCCCGCAGAGGUCCUGCCCGAGGGUUUUCUUAAUAGGACAGCAGGGGUCGGGAGAGUGAUCGGGUGGGCCCCACAGAUCGCAGUCCUGGCCCACCCAGCCAUCGGAGGAUUCGUGUCUCACUGCGGGUGGAACUCCAUCCUAGAAAGUAUAUGGUUCGGCAUGCCGGUCGCCGCGUGGCCGCAGUAUGCGGAGCAACAUUUCAACGCAUUCCACUUGAUGGUGGAGCUCGGUCUCGCGGCGAAGAUUAAGAUGGAUUAUCAAAGAGAUCUGCUUAAAGGUAGUGAUGGCGUCGUGACGGUAGACGAAAUAGAGAGAGGGAUAAGGAAGUUAAUGGAGGGGGAGGAGGCCAGGGAGAGGAGGAAGAAGGUGAAGGAGGUGAGCGAGAAGAGUAGGAAGGCUUUGAUGGAGGGUGGCUCUUCUUACUUAUCUUUGGCUCGUUUCAUCGAGGAUGUCUGUAGUUGAUGAGCCUUGAUUUAGCUAGGAGACAGGGUUGGCUAAUAGGAAGAGCAUUGUUGGUAUUUUGAUUGUAUGAUUAUUUGGAGUGUUUUAGGGCUUCUGUCCCUAUAGAAAUUAUGUUUGAUUUUUCUAGUGCGUUUGUGGCUAUAAUCCAUUCUUCAACCCUUGACGUGUUUUAUGUGGAA